CGCACUCGAAUAGCAAGCGUGCAAGGAUAACGACGACAACGACGACGAACGCUCGCAAGUCGCAACUCUCUGUCUAUCUGGCUAAAAUAAACUAAAGCACUGAACCAUCUGAGGAAACUCGAACAGCAACAGCAACGCAAGCAAAGAACACACAAAACAGGACACAAAAUUCGUUUGCGUUCACACCAGCCAAGCCAGACCAUCCGUGUCGUUCUGGAUGGAAGGAUAUCCUAAUUUCAUUCUACGAGCUUAGGUUCCGUUCAAUUUUGUUCGUUUUGUGUUUGUUGCGCGCUCGUUUCGCAUUCGCAUACGGCUUCGUAUCGUCGUAUCCUCCUGUUCUAUUAAGCUGUUGUAGUUGUACGAGUGUAUCCUUCGGGAGCAAUUCAUUAUUAUUAACUUGAGUAUUAUUUUUUAUAUGUUUGUGGUGAAUUUUUGUCGAGUGGAAUAGUCUCGUUGUUGUCCUUGUUUUCGUCCUCGUCCUCGUAAGUCGCACUCGUCCUCGUACUCGUUUUCGCGUAUCGCUAGCGUAGAUAAAUCAAAAAGUGUAGCAAACAAAAAUUAGAAAAAAUAACGUGUGUCAUUGGCAGACAUCCUGAUUCCUGAGGGAUAAGUGAAAAAGAUCAAAAAAGAUUGUCGAUUUAUCAGAAUCAUUCGAUUGACGAUUGUCGGUGUUAAGUCAUUUAUCGACUUGUUGUUCUUUUGAGUGGUUUAACAAAAAAAAAGUAAAAAUAUAAACAAGUGCUUUGCGCUAAGAGGUCCUUAAUUCAAACGAAUUACGAAUAUUGUGCUAAACAUCCUGCGGUUCCAUUAUGCCGCGGCAGGUGCUUUGGAUUGGAGUUCUUGUAGUCAUUUUGCUUGGAUGCAUGCCAUUAAGAAAUCAUGCAAACAAACUUUCACAAACUAAAUUACACGAAAUAUACCUAGAUGACCAUAAGGAAAUUAAACUGAGUUGGAUGGUUGACUGGUACAAACAGGAAGUCCUAUUUCACGUACAAAAUGCAUUUAACCCCGAACAUCGUUGGUUCUAUUUGGGCUUCUCAAAACGCGGCGAAUUGGGGGAUGCUGAUAUUUGUUUUUUUGAAAACCAAAACGGCUUCUUCAACGUCGUCACAGACACGUACACCAGUUCCGAUGGACGUUAUGUGCACAAGGAUUACCAACAAGAUUGCGAGCUAUUCAAAAUGGACGAUGCUACUCUGGCAUUUAAGAGAAAGUUUGACACUUGUGACCCUUUGGAUUUUAGAAUGCAUGAGGGAACUAUGUACAUAAUGUGGGCCAGAGGAAUAAUACCCUUAGCUAUGGAAGACCACCAAUUUGCAUUUCCCAAUGCAUCCAAACGGGAAUCUGGCAUUAAAAUGAUGCAACUUCUGAGGGCCGAUAAAAUUAUCAUACCCGAGACGGACUUAAAACAAACUGUGAUCCGGUUGGACAAUGUUAAGGUCCCAUCAAAAGAAACAACAUACUGGUGCCAUAUUCAGAGGCUGGACGACUUUCUCGAAGUCAAACAUCACAUCGUACAGUUCGAACCGCUUAUCACGUCUUUCGACCUAGUACAUCACAUGGAAGUAUUCCAUUGUCAGACAGAUCCUUCUGUGGAAAUACCCCUCUACAAUGGAGACUGUGAUAUGCUGCCAAAGGAGGCCAAAGUGUGUUCGAAGGUAAUUGCCCUGUGGGCGAUGGGAGCCAGUACAUUCACAUAUCCACCAGAAACUGGACUCCCUGUGGGCGGGGAGGACUACAAUCCCUACAUAAGACUAGAAGUACAUUUCAAUAAUCCAGAUCUGAUAGAAGGACGUAUUGACAGCUCCGGUAUGAGGGUGCAGAUGGUAUCCAAUCUAAGACAAUUUGAUGCCGGUGUCAUGGAACUCGGAUUGGAGUAUACAGAUAAAAUGGCUAUUCCGCCCGGUCAGACGGGAUUCCCCUUGAGUGGAUAUUGUAUUGCCGAGUGUACAAGAGUGGCAUUACCAAAUUCUGGAAUAAUCAUUUUUGGAUCACAAUUACAUACACAUUUGAGAGGAGUUCGUAUUCUAACAAGACAUUUUCGCAAGGAACAAGAGAUGAGGGAGGUCAAUCGAGAUGAUUUCUAUUCACAUCAUUUUCAAGAAAUGCGCAAUCUUCGAUAUAAACCUAGAGUGUUACCGGGAGAUGCAUUGGUAACAACUUGCUAUUACAAUACAAUCGGCUACGAGAACGCAACUCUUGGAGGAUUCUCUAUAAGCGAUGAAAUGUGCGUCAACUAUAUCCACUACUAUCCGGCCACAGAUUUGGAGGUCUGCAAGAGUUCUGUUUCCGAGGAAACUCUGGAGAAUUACUUUAUUUACAUGAAAAAGAAGGAGCAUCAGAGGACUGUAAAUUUGAAUGGAGCACGUUCGACAAAUUAUCGAAGCAUUAAGUGGACUCAGCCUCGUAUUGAUCAAUUAUACACAAUGUAUGUCCAGGAGCCACUAUCUAUGCAGUGCAAUAAAUCCGAUGGACACCGAUUCGAGGGCUGGCAAUGGGAGGGUGUGCCCAUUACUCCCGUAGAAAUCCAAGUACCCAUCCAUCGCAAGUCUUGUCACAAUUACAAUCCCUUCUGGAUGAAGCCAUUGGACGAGGGAGCAUGUGACUUGUUGGGCGAGUGUAUCUAUUAGGAGGGCUAGAGAAUUGCGAAAUCAUGCGAAAAAGAGUUGUUUGUUUGCAACAACACCAACAACAACAACAACAACUUUAGGUGUACAUAAAUAUACAGUUUUUUGUUUUUGUUUUUAUUGGAAAUUUUUAGACAACAUUUAUAACAGUAUUAUGAAAAGAAGUAAUUAAAUAAAUUGACUCUGAUACCAGCUAAAUAU